AUGAUUAGGUUGUCACCAUUGAGCAGGAGCAGGAGCGCCAAUGAAAAUGUGCGGAGAAGCAACGGGAACGUGAAAAUCUUGAGCUGCACAAACACAUUCAAACGCUCGAGAUGUUGCGGACAUUGGCAAUUCAAGGCCCAAACCCGCCUGCUCUCCAUGACACUUCCAGCUCGACCCCAAUCCUCUCAUCCAUUUGCGCACCAUCACCUGCGUCAGCAACAUCUCCUUCAACAACAGACUCCGCAUCUCCCACCCCCCGCUACGAUCGAGCUUGAAGACGAGGCAGCCACAGACACAGCCCUUAUGCGCUUGUGGGCAGAGAUUCUUAUGUCACCGCCGACAGGCACUGGCGCUCUUCCAGGCACUUGCCCAUUGUCAGAAAACGCGCACAUCACGCAGGUGCUGAGUGAGACUACUCCCAUAGAGGUGUUUGGCCUAGGGCUGGUUACGAGUGGAAUAGACACAGUUGACUGGGCGGAACAAGUCUGUGUAGAGAUGGGGAUAGAAAAGCUGCUAGAGAUGCUGCCGAGUACGCAGGACGUUGUUAUCGACUCGAGCACCACGUUGGAUGUCGACAUGGACUUCUCGGAUGCACUGGUGUGGGACGAGGUUAGCGUGUACUAA